UUCGUUACUAUGCGACGAGCAUAAUAACUUCAUAGAGAGUGUUUUGUAGAGAAGAACUCAACUUGUUUUUUAAAGGGGUAAAUUAAUACAGUUAUUAAUUAGGACCUACAGACUAAGAACAUUAGUCAGCGUAGUUUCUGUUUUAGUUUUAAGUUCAAUUGAUUCUUGUCCUGUGUAGUCAGAAUGGCUCCUAAAAAGAAAAAAAAGUCUGGGAAAGGAAAGCUAGCGAAGAUGACAGAAGAAGAAAGGAUCAUAUACAUGGAACAGAAGUUGCUUGCUGAAGAAGAAAUGAAGAAGAAAAAGGAGGAUAUGCUGAACCAGUUUUUAAAGGAUAAGCUUGUGAAAGAAGAACGAAGUGCACAUUUUAACCUCUUCAAGUUAACCCACCAAUGGCGAAACAUCAUGAGAACAUCCAAGUCAAAAGAAUUGAAAAAAGAUAUAGAAAUCUUGAGCCAGACGUUUGAAAGAGUUGUUGACCGCAAAGACAGCGUUAUCAAGUCGUUGGUCAAGGAUCUCGGAGAGGCAGAAGAACAGUACUCAAUGGCACUGAGGAGUCACCUGCAGAACAUGGAUAACUUAAUAGAUCUUCAGCGAUGUCGUUUGAAGGUGUUACUAAGUGAAUAUGAAGAAGAACUUGAAGUACUGAAGAAAGAGUUUGACACAGAGCGACAUAUGAUCAUAGACCAACACAAACAGGAGAUGAAUGACCUGCAGGACAUUCUGUUUGCCAUGGAACAAAAUGCGAAUGAACGAGAAGCAGAGGCCAGGCAAGACUUCCAGAGUCUCAGGGAUGAGAUCAAAAAUAAGAACCUUGAGGAAAAACAUGCCUUGCGGAUUCAACUGGAGAGUCAGGUGGAAGACUUGUGGAAGCAAUUUCAGCAGGCACUGAGGAAUUACAAUGAAACAACAGAGGAAAGAAAGGCAGCGUUUGAGAAUCUGCGGGAUAAAGAUGAAAAGAGUGCAAAAGAAAUAGAAAUGCAGAUGAGAAAACUGCAGAGAAUAUCAGACACAAUUGCUCAGCUGAGAGCCAAGAUGGCACAGAAUUCCAAGGAAAGUGAGGAGAGGAAUCGUGAGUUACGAGACCAGCGUGAAGUGAUUGCGCGUCACUUUCACGAACUCAAAAGCCAGAUGAAUAGAUUUCGUGAAAAUGAGAGAGCCAGGCUAACACAGUUGACGCUACAAAGUAGUGCAGCCUUGAAAGAGCUGCAAAGAAAAGUUGAAAAGGGUGAGAGGAUUUUGAAGUUAGCCGAGCAGUGUAGAAAGUUAGAGACAGAAGAAGAGAAGGUUCUACCAUUUUAUGCAUCAUCACUAACAGAAGAAGAGCAACAUGAUGUAGCUGCUGCUGUUGAGGAGCCUCCCUCUGAACCACUGGCAGAGAUGAUGCACCAGUACUCAUCUCUUGAGAACUUCUGGAAGCGAUACAAUAAAGUGCUUCUGGAUCGUGUAGCUUUGGAUAAAGAGAAAAGCACCCUGAUGGAAGAGAACCAGAGGUUGCGUGCCAUCCUUAAGCAGUACCUGGAUGGCAUCUCUGUCAAUGAUGAGAUCUUGAGCCAACACAACCCACUCUUUGUAGUCAACCAACGAACCAAUGUCCAGAUGUCUGUUCCAAUCCUGGAUCCAAGAGUGAAGAGACCAACACUGACAGUGGUGGAAGCAGCCCAUGUCAUCAAACACACCAUCUAGAUUUACCCUCACAAGUCCUUACCAUUCCUAGAUAUAAUAAAAAGAUGCUUCCCACGCAACUAAUUUCAUGACAAAAAUAAUAUAACUAUAGACAAACCUUAUAUCUUCAUAUGAUAUAGACAAAUAUUUAUCAAAUGUGUUGUAAAUAAAAUUGUUAUUAAACUACAGUGAAUUUUUAGAA